AUGGAUUCCGGAGCUUCUCCAUUGGAACCUGUGGAAGACAAUCCGUCGGUGCUCAGUGAAGAAACUCGUCAACUAGAAUCACCACCACGAAUUUUUCAGUCGAAAUCUGGUGGUUGUAUUUCUAACCCAUCUUGUAUGAUUAUGUCAGGACGGGCCCAGACAUGGAAAAGUACAUAUGCAGAGAGUGAGGCAUUCCCAAGGUCACCAUCGGCAGGACACGUCCAGAAAGCAGCUUGUAUGAUUAUGUCAGGACGGGCCCAGACAUGGAAAAGUACAUAUGCAGAGAGUGAGGCAUUCCCAAGGUCACCAUCGGCAGGACACGUCCAGAAAGCAGUGAAGUCGGUCUAUAAUGAAACCUUAUGGCUGGAGCCAAUAGCCUCAGGCAUCUUGAAACCAAUCUUUAAGCAUUUGAGUCAGCUUUAUUUGGAUGCUCCUAAUGCCGGUACUCCGACGCAAGUGCGAAGGCGGGAUCCUCCUACUCGCACACUGGACUUGCUUAAAACUGAUGCAUAG